AUGUCAAGCCGACGUUAUUUAAUUUCGACGGUUGCAGGCUCGUAUUUGCCGAUACACAUGACGCUGCACCACGGAUAUCCGCCACCUGAGUCGGUCGUUUCUUCGGACGACAAAAUCUCCGAGGAAGCAGAUGGAAAUUCGGGCAGCGACGACGGCGCACUUCAAGGCGAAUUGCGUGCAAUCGCCAACGCCAUUUGCGACCUCAAAGCCCAGCAACAGACGUUCCCAAAAGUCGAAACGGUAAGCAAAAAGGGAUCUUUAAAGGAGAAAGGUCAAAAAAUUGAAAUUUGAAAAGGAAAAAGUUAAUUCAAGCAUUGUACUUGAGAAGAGAAACUUUUUUUUGAAUUUUUAAGGAGAAUAAAGUUCUAAACAAGAAAAAAAUUGAAUUAUCUAAUUUUUUUGAGAGUUGUUCGAAACUACCGGAGAUUUUCAAAAUUAAUAGUUGGAUCUUUUGAGAAAAAAACUGAGAUAUUUUUUUCACAGUUGUUGCGAAAUAUUGGACAUAAAAAGAAGUGAUUUCAAUCGAAUAAGAAAAACCUCCUUUCAGGCUUUGUCGUCAAUUGAGACCCGAAUCUCAAGGCUGGAGAAGAACAUGGAGACCGCCUUGAACUCGAUCUACACGCUGGUCCAGCUCCAAACGGGCAUGAACAGCGGCUUGAACCGGUUUAAAGAGGAAGCCAAUCAGCAACUCAGCCUUAUCAAGAGCUACCUCGAACUUGAUCGCCAAUCUCCCUAA